GGUGACAAAACGCAUCCUCCAACCAGAAUAUAAUCCAAAGAACUUCUCCAAUGACAUCAUGUUACUGCAGUCCAGAAGACUUGCUUAGACUGCUGUGUCCGGCACCCAAGGAGAGCCUUACGUGAUAAACGCCACAACACCAGAGAGCCCUGAGUUUAGAAGACCAAGAAGAAGCACCCGCAACUCUGACCUGGACCGCCUUCCCAAGAAGAUGCAGCCACUUCUGCUCUUGAUGGCCUUCCUUCUGUCCCCCAGGGCGGAGGCAGGGGAGGUCAUCGGGGGCCAUGAGUCCAAGCCUCACUCUCGUCCCUACAUGGCACAUUUUGGGAACUGUGGUGGUUUCCUUGUGCGUGAGGACUUCGUGCUGACAGCAGCUCACUGCUGGAGAAGCUCAAUUACUGUCACCCUGGGAGCCCACAACAUCAAGCAGAAAGAGGAGACCCAGCAGGAAAUCCUGGUGAAAAGAGCCAUACGCCACCCAGACUAUAAUAAUCCUCCGCACUGGAACGACAUCAUGUUACUGCAGCUGGAGAAGAAGGCCAAACUGACUGCCGCCGUGAGCCUCAUCAAUCUGCCCUCAAUGAGAGACAAGGUGAAACCAGGGAUGGUGUGCAGUGUGGCCGGAUGGGGGCGCCUGGCUAUAAACACCAGAGGUGAUGGAAAACUGCACGAAGUAGAGAUUGAAAUACAGAGCAACAAAAAAUGCAUUUCUCACUACAAACAUUACAACAACAUCAUCCAGAUAUGUGUGGGGGACCCGAAAAAGAUUCAGACUACUUUUAAGAUAAGAUCCCAGAAUGGUCCAUACCCAGCACAGUCGAGCUUUGAGGAGACCCAGGGCUGUGGCAACCACUCAUAUGGCUAUGUCCUCAGACAUUCCACUGAUCCAGUCUCUGGUGCUGUCUCUCUGGAGGGAAUGAGAGACUGACCCUCAGCCACAUAUGGACAGAAGCUUUAUGCACAAGGGAGAAGGGAACCAUCAGAGCCAGGCUAAAACCCUUGGAAUUGAGGAGGCAACAAGGCCUUCCCUGGCACUGCUCUCCCAUGCUGUGCCCUAACAGAGACCACCCAUCUCUGGGGGAAAGGAGGGCAGGACCAGGAGGAGGUCCAAUUCAGUCCCUCAUCUCUCUGCCCACAGGGGGAUUCCGGGGGCCCCCUCAUAUGUAACAACAUGGCCCAAGGCAUUGUCUCCUACGGAAACACCAGUGCAAAACCUCCAAGAGUCUACACCAGGAUCUCGAAGUUUUUGCCCUGGAUAAAAAGAACAAUGAGACGCUUCAAACUGCUGAGAUCACAGUGAGCCACCCUGGAAUUGAUCCGUCCAUCUUCUCUGAGGCAAAGGCCAAUACUGCAUUGGGCUGAGAGGGUA